AUGGCGGCGGUAGCGGCAGUGGCUACGCGUAGGAGGCGGUCUGGGACCGGUUUGGUCCUGGCUUGUCUAGGGGUCUGCCUGGGACUCACCCUCGCCGUGGAUAGAAGCAACUUCAAGACCUGUGAAGAAAGUUCCUUCUGCAAGCGACAGCGAAACAUACAGCCAGGCCACUCUCCAUACCGAGCCUUGUUGGAUUCUCUGCAGCUUGGUCCUGAUGGCCUCACAGUCCAUCUGAUCAACGAGGUCACCAAGGUGUUGCUGGUGCUGGAGCUCCAGGGGCUGCAAAAGAACAUGACGCGGGUCAGGAUCGAUGAGCUGGAGCCCCGGCGGCCUCGAUACCGGGUGCCGGAUGUGCUGGUGGCUGACCCCCCCACAGCUCGGCUUUCCGUCUCUGGCCGAGACGACAACAGCGUGGAGCUGACCGUGGCCGAGGGGCCCUAUAAAAUCAUCCUGACAGCACGGCCCUUCCGCCUGGACCUGCUGGAGGACCGCAGCCUUCUGCUCAGCGUCAACGCCCGCGGACUCCUGGGCUUUGAGCACCAGCGGGCCCCCCGGGUCUCUUUCUCGGAUAAAGUUAGUGUCACGCUCGGUAGCAUUUGGGAUAAGAUCAAGAACAUUUUCUCUAGGCCAGAAUCGAAAGAUCCCGCUGAGGGCGAUGGCGCCCAGCCCGAGGGAGCCCCUGGGGAUGGGGACAAGCCAGAGGAGACCCCGGGAAGCACAGAGAAAGAGGAGCCGGGAGCCUGGGAGGAGACGUUCAAAACGCACUCUGACAGCAAGCCGUACGGCCCCACGUCUGUGGGCUUGGACUUCUCGCUGCCGGGCAUGGAGCAUGUGUAUGGGAUCCCUGAGCAUGCAGACAGCCUGAGGCUGAAGGUCACUGAGGGUGGGGAGCCAUAUCGCCUCUACAAUUUGGAUGUGUUCCAGUACGAGCUGUACAACCCCAUGGCCCUGUACGGGUCUGUGCCUGUGCUCCUGGCGCACAGUCCUCAUCGCGACCUGGGCAUCUUCUGGCUCAACGCCGCCGAGACGUGGGUGGACAUCUCCUCCAACACGGCCGGGAAGACCCUGUUUGGGAAGAUGCUAGACUACCUGCAGGGCUCCGGGGAAACCCCGCAGACAGAUGUCCGCUGGAUGUCGGAGAGCGGCAUCAUCGAUGUCUUCCUGCUGCUGGGGCCCUCUGUCUCUGACGUCUUCCGGCAGUACGCCAGCCUCACCGGCACCCAGGCCUUGCCCCCGCUCUUCUCCCUCGGCUACCACCAGAGCCGCUGGAACUACCGGGACGAGGCCGACGUGCUGGCGGUCAACCAGGGCUUCGAUGACCACGACCUGCCCUGCGACGUCAUCUGGCUGGACAUCGAGCACGCGGACGGCAAGCGGUACUUCACCUGGGACCCCAGCCACUUCCCCCAGCCCCUCGCCAUGCUGGAGAAGCUGGCAGCCAAGAGGCGGAAGCUGGUCGCCAUUGUGGACCCCCACAUCAAGGUGGACUCCGGUUACCGCGUGCACGAGGAGCUGCAGAGCCAGGGCCUCUAUGUUAAAACUCGGGAUGGCUCUGACUAUGAGGGCUGGUGCUGGCCAGGCGCCGCUGGUUACCCCGACUUCACCAAUCCCCGGAUGAGGGCCUGGUGGGCUGACAUGUUCAACUUCGACGAUUAUAAGGGCUCCGCUCCCAACCUCUAUGUCUGGAAUGACAUGAAUGAACCCUCUGUGUUCAAUGGCCCUGAGGUCACCAUGCUCAAGGACGCCCAGCAUUUCGGCGGCUGGGAGCACCGAGACGUGCACAACAUCUAUGGCUUCUACGUGCACAUGGCGACUGCUGAGGGUCUGGUGCAGCGCUCUGGGGGUGUGGAGCGCCCCUUUGUCCUGAGCAGGGCGUUCUUUGCUGGCUCCCAGCGCUUUGGAGCCGUGUGGACAGGGGACAACACUGCUGACUGGGACCACUUGAAGAUCUCUAUCCCCAUGUGCCUCAGCCUGGCGCUGGUGGGGCUGUCCUUCUGUGGGGCUGAUGUGGGCGGCUUCUUCAAGAAUCCGGAGCCAGAGCUGCUUGUGCGCUGGUACCAGAUGGGUGCCUACCAGCCAUUCUUCCGGGCACAUGCCCACUUGGACACUGGGCGGCGAGAGCCGUGGCUGUUACCGUCUCAGUACCACGGCGUCAUCCGAGAUGCCUUGGGCCAGCGAUACUCCCUGCUGCCUUUCUGGUACACCCUCUUCUACCAGGCCCACCGCGAAGGGUUUCCUGUCAUGAGGCCCCUGUGGGUACAUUAUCCUCAGGAUGUGAGCACCUUCAGUAUCGAUGACCAGUUCCUGCUCGGGGAUGCGUUGCUGGUUCACCCUGUAUCAGACCCUGGGGCUCAUGGUGUGCAGGUCUAUUUGCCUGGCCAAGGGGAGGUGUGGUAUGACGUUCAGAGCUACCAGAAACAUCACGGUCCGCAGACCCUGUACCUGCCUGUGACUCUCAGCAGUAUCCCCGUGUUCCAGCGCGGAGGGACCAUUGUGCCCCGGUGGAUGCGCGUGCGGCGUGCUUCAGACUGCAUGAAGGAUGACCCCAUCACGCUCUUUGUGGCACUCAGCCCGCAGGGCACAGCCCAAGGAGAGCUCUUUCUAGACGACGGGCACACGUUCAACUACCAGACUCGGCACGAGUUCCUGCUGCGUCGAUUCUCAUUCUCUGGCAACGCCCUUGUCUCCAGCUCAGCAGACCCGAAAGGCCACUUUGAGACCCCGAUCUGGAUUGAGCGGGUGGUGAUCAUGGGGGCUGGGAAGCCAGCAGCCGUGGUGCUCCAGACCAAAGGAUCUCCCGAGACCCGCCUGUCCUUCCAGCACGACCCCGAGACUUCUGUGCUGAUCCUGCGCAAGCCUGGCGUCAACGUAGCCUCCGACUGGAGCAUUCACCUGCGAUAA